CGGCUCCAAGCGGUCCUUGCGUGAGGGCAUAGAGCGCGGGGUGGAAGGGGCCGCGCGGGGAGCACUUUCUAUGCCAAGCGAGCCGAGAAUCUAUGGUGCUGGAGGACCGCGUGCCUGUGGCGGGCGUGGCCCCGCAGGCGCUAGGCGAGCGGCGCCCCCACUGACGGCUCCGGCACUGGCCCCAUCGUGGUCCCGGUCCCGGCGCGGCGAGCAGCAUGCUGGGCACCCGGUUGUGCACCAUGAGGAAGCUUCCUUCUCUUCUGGCUAGGACACUGACUUCUGGCUCCAGUGGCUCCUCUGUGCUUCCUGACAUGUCUGAAGGACACUUACCCAUUCAUGUGAAUAAUGUGCGGAGCAGAUUGAGGGAUAUAGUAGGAGCAUCUACCAACUGGAGGGAUCAUGUGCAAGCAAUGCAAGAAAGAAAAGCUCUUCACACUUUGUUGGCAAAACGGCAGGAAGAUCUCCCUCCUAGGAGAAUGAAGGACAGCUACUUGGAAGUUAUUCUGCCUCUAGGAAGUCAACCUGAAAUAAGAGAAAAGUACCUGAAUGUACACAACAGUGUAAGGUUUGGAAGGAUACUUGAAGAUCUUGACAGUUUAGGAGUUCUUAUUUGCUACACGCACACCAAGCAGGAAAUGCAGCCAAGGUCUCCCUUGUCCAUAGUUACAGCUCUAGUGGAUAAAAUCAAUUUGUGCAAGAAGAUUAUAUAUCCAGACUGUGACAUCAAAUUCACAGGCAAUGUUUCCUGGGUUGGGAAGACCUCAAUGGAAGUGAAGAUGCACAUGCUGCAGCUGCAUGAUGGUGAUUACAGCCCCGUGUUAGAUGCAACCUUUGUCAUGGUGGCCCGGGAUCCAGAGAAUAAACGGCCAGCAUUUGUUAAUCCACUUGUUCCUGAGACCCCUGAGGAGGAAGAAAUCAUCAAGCAAGGGGAAUUGAACAAGCUGAAGAGGAUUGAUUUCAGCACUGCUUCCUUACUGAAAAUGGCUCCCACUGCAGAAGAAAGAAACAUUAUUCAUGACAUAUUCCUUAAUACACUGGACACAAGGACAGUAAGUUUCCGCAGUCGUAAAUUACCACCCAAUUCAGUGUGGAUGGAAGAUGCAAAGCUAAAAGGCCUACAGAUUUGCCAUCCUCAGGAACGGAACAUCUUCAAUAGGAUCUUUGGGGGUUUUCUCAUGAGAAAGGCGUUUGAACUGGGAUGGGCAAAUGCUUGCAGCUAUGGGGGUUCCAGACCAUUUAUCGUAUCUGUUGACGAUAUCAUGUUUCAGAGGCCAGUUGAAGUUGGAUCCUUAUUACUGCUUUCUGGACAGGUCUGUUACACAGAAAAAAACUACAUCCAGGUUCGAGUACACAGUGAGGUUUAUGAUGCAGAUACCAGAGAGCACCAGACAACCAAUAUCUUCCAUUUUACAUUUAUAUCGGAAAACGAGGUCCCACGGGUUGUCCCCAAAACGUAUGGAGAGUCCAUGUUGUAUUUAGAUGGGAAGCGACACUUUGCUGCAACCAUGAAAGAAAUCUGACGCACAGUGAAUGCUGCAUCAGCGUGCUGUCUUGGAAAGAGCUGUCACCAGAGAUGGCUCACAGACAGGUGCUUGGAGUACUGAAAACCCACUCCAAAACAAACCCCAAACCAAUCUAAACUCCAGAACAAAAAAUACCUUUUUAGUGCUGUUUAUGUAUUUGCAUAUAUUUGGAUUUUUUAUACUCUGCUAAUAGGAUUUGUUUAAAUCUACUUUUACAUGAUGAAGCUAGGAAAAAAGGCUGAAAAAUUACGAUCUUAAGCUUUACAUAGCUUCUCUUUGUCUGCUUUGAGAGCUCUCAUUAUGACCUUUGCUGUCUUGUCACCAUCUGCCUACUUUCCCUUUGCAGCUCUCCUUUGUAUUUCCCUGGUAAGGGCUAGAAAUUCUAUCAGAAAAAUGUGUGCAAUAAGUAGAUAGAGACAGAUGAACCCAUUUGACCUACGUUUUUGUGUAGAUUAAGUUUAGGGUCGUCUUUUUUUUUUUUAACAAGGACACAUGCAUCUGGGCAGCAUAAGCUUAGAGGUCACCACUGUGUGCACAAUGUCAAGCAGGUGUUUCCCAUUAGCUGGGAUUUUACAAGGUUGCUGCAGCUUCUGUUUUGGAUGGCUUCACGUUUCCUUGGGAGGAAACUGAUUUUUGCAAUGAAAUGAAGUGGCCAGAUGGUCUCUUGUGGGAUUCUGUUUGUGUACAGCCAGUCCUUCCCUGCCUCUUCUAGUUUGUUUGGUUUUUCUAAUGGGGGGGAUAUAACUGUGAGUUCCUCAACGAGUUAUUUCUCGUGGCCUGUAGAGAUCUGAUUGGUGACAUUGGGUGGGACUGAGAAAAGGCAUUGCAGAGCAGAAUGUUUUGGUUUGUUUAGGGACUGGGAGUAGGAAAAGUAAAACGCUGCUUAAAUGGUAAUGGUUACAUUUGAUGCUGGAGUUAGGGGUGCAGAGAAUCUCUGUUGAGCAGCUCCCAAGUCAGCUGCUGAAUGGUGGGAGCGUUUUUGUCCCGCUGAGGGGUGGCACAGCUAGAGGGCAGCCUCCUCAACUGGGUUCUUUGUCUGGUUCCUUGGUAGACUGUAAUGAAAUAGGAGUAUUUAAGGAGCUUUAAAGGUUGUCAAAGUUUACCUGUGAAGGACAGAGUUAUUCCCCACCACAGAGGGGACACCUCAGUGGACAUAACCACGGCAUGGAAGGAACAGGAAGAAAGUACUUGAUACUGAAGUGCUUCUGAUGCGGUGGAGAAAGUUCCAAUGUCUCCAAUAUCUGGCAGACAAAGCCCAACAUCCUGAAAUUCAGAAGGUGGGUGGAUGGGACGUAUCACCUUUUAGCAGUGAGGAUGAUUAGUCACAAGCGCAAAAUUGGACUUCUGAUAGCUUUGAAUCAAGGCUGAUAUCCCGUCUGAGCAGGACACUCACAGAGGAGUAGUUGGGCUCAAUGGUAGGUUAAAUGGAUGAAAUAUGAUGUCUUGUAAUACACAAGAAUAGACUGUGGCUUCCCUGCUAGGUUUAAAAUCAAAGGACGAAGCAGCAAGUAUGAAUCAGCACAGAAUUCACACACUAUGUCAAUCAGCACAGAUGCAUGAAACAGGUUGAUAAAAUAAAGCAACAUGUUGAAAUUUUAUUUCAGAGUAAGGAAGUUUGAGAAAUUCACAAUUAGGACCAGCUUCCUUUGGCGCUGGGAUAGCGUGAGGUUCAUGGCUCCUGAGAGCUGAUUGCUGUUCACGUGAGGAGGAAGAGCAUUGUGUUAGAAUAACCAGCGUGUUAUACAUCAGCCUUUCCUUUCUAGAUUGGGCUGCCUGGAUGUCCCAGUUACAUCGCUUCCCAGUGGAGGCACAGCGGUGUUGCCUGAUCUGGAUCAGAUUAAUGUGCUGCAGUCAUAGUAAGCUCUUGGUUCCUUACACAGACUUUCUCUUUUCAGCCUCACUGCAGUGCCUAUUCAGCUGUAUGAUGUUAUAAUGUUUUUCUUUAAUGAGACUGUGCAUAUAUAUUGUAUUUUCUGGCUUUUUACUUUUAAAAACUCUUUGAAAGCUGAGUAUACUUGACUGACCACACCAAUUACGAACAGAAAUUCUAUCCCAGCCUCUUCCCCCCUUGCUGCAUGGGUCACUGUUGGCUGUUAAAAAAUAAAUAGGAAGGCAGAAAGUGGAGGGAUCUGUUUCACAACUAUGUGCUACUCCUGACUGCAGGUUUUUACCAUUGACCCAGUGGGCCUACCUGGGUCACUUUUGUAUAGCACUUGUAAGUUAAGGGGAUACCAAGUUCCUCCUCUACUGCCUUUUCAGCUGUAUUUAAAAAUUAAUUUGUCAUAAUUUCUAAAUUCAGCCUUUGGGAAGGGAUUGGACAGGACAAAAAGAGGUAAUAGAGUAGGGAGCAAGGCAUGGCAUCAGAAUCUCUGGACACAGUGAAGAAAACGAAUCCUGGAAAUGAAGAUGCUUGGAAGAAUUAGUGUGGUUUUGAAGUUCAUGAUAUCUUAAUCAAGUACCGCAAACACAGUAGUUGAUAGAAUAGAGAAUAUGUGUGUAUAUAUAUACAUAUGUAAAAGAUAUAAAAUAUAUAUAGUAAUAAACAGACAAAGAGUAUGUCCUUAUACAUUUUUUGAUCUGAGAAGGUAACUCCAAGUUGUGACCCUCUUUGAUAACAGGCUAAAUGUAUCUUUGUUCAAGGGCAUUAUCUAUGCACGUCGCUGUAUACCGUUGUGUGUGAGAUAAAAUUGUUCUCAGAUCUCAAAUUGGGAAUUGAAAUAUUUUAACAUAGUAAUUAAUGUCAAGUUUAUGUUGCAACUUAAUGGCCAGCCCAUCACUGCUGUAAAUGACUAAGCAUUACCACACAGGCUUUAAGGUAUCAGUAGAAAAAUGUUUUUAUUUAUAGUAUAUCUAUCUGUGUAACUGGCUGUAGCUCCGCAGUAGAAAGUAAAUGUUUCUGUGCCCAUUGUGUCUUGGAGUACAGUGAGGAGGACAAAUGCUGUGGUGGCUGGACUGCUUCCCCUAACCCUCUCACUUAAUGGUGAUGAUAGAAAAGGAGAUUUCUGUGGGACUGGCUGAGCUCAGUGCUCCAAAAAGCACUUUGUUUUGAAUGUGCUUAUUUUUAUGUUUAAAAAAAAUAAAUAUUGCUCAGACUGUAA